CUGGCAGUCGGGCGUAGUGCAUCAACUCGCGCUCUGUUGUAAACAUGGCUGAUUCCAGGGAACCACCUCCUUUCGAAGACAGCAUUAUGGACACUGAAAGUGAUGAUAUUUUUAAAUCUGCCGUUGAAACACAGUCAAAAGAUGAUUUUUCAAAGAAUGGUAUUGAUGAUCUCCUUAGUGGUGAAAUUGAAGAAGUAAGUUUAGAUGAUGAUGCCCCUCCAGUGUCUCAGCCGUCCAAAUUAGAAUUCAGAACCCCCGAGGAAGAAUUCAAUCAGUCCAGUCCAGUUGCUUUUUCCCAACCUGCUGAAAUAAGACCAACAGAACCUCCAAAGCCUCAAGCCCGUAGCUCAAAAAAGAAUGAAGAACAAGAAGAAAAUGAUACAGUGCUGGACAUUUCUGUGUCUGAUCCUCAAAAGAUUGGCGAUGGCAUGGGAGCAUAUGUGGUGUACAAGGUCUCUACACGAACAAAUUUGCCGUACUACAAGAAAAAAGGCUUCUCAGUCUCGAGAAGGUUCAGCGAUUUUCUCGGCUUGCACGACAAGCUGGUGGAAAAACAUUUGCACUUGGGAAGGAUCGUGCCUCCAGCUCCCGAGAAGGAUGUCAUAGGCAUGACGAAAAUCAAAAUGUCGAAAGACGAAUCCGUCUCUUCGGCCGAAUUCGUAGAAAAGCGACGCAUAGCCCUGGAGCGCUAUUUAAACCGUACUGCCAACCAUCCCGUCCUCCGAAUGGACCCAGACUUUCGAGAAUUCUUGGAGAUGGAGUUGGACCUUCCAAAGGCCAAGAGCACUUCUGCCCUGAGUGGUGCCGGAGUCCUCAGGCUGUUCAACCGUGUCGGAGAUUCAGUCAACAAAAUGACAUUCAAGAUGGAUGAAUCUGAUCCAGUUUUAAUUACGAAUCCACAGUAUGCUAUUCAGUGGUUUGAAGAAAAGCAGCACCAAAUUGAAAACCUUGACCAGCAACUUAGGAAGCUACAUGCCAGCAUUGAAUCAUUAGUGGUGCAUCGGAAAGAGCUUGCUGCAAACACCGGCGCAUUCGCCAAGAGUGCGGCCAUGCUCGGAAAUUGCGAGGAACAUACUGCUCUCUCCCGUGCACUCUCUCAGCUGGCGGAAGUCGAGGAAAAGAUCGAACAACUCCACAGUCACCAAGCCGGACAGGAUUUCUUCCUGCUCUCAGAGCUACUUAAGGAUUAUAUAUCGUUGAUCGGGGCUGUGAAGGAUGUGUUCCAUCAGCGAGUGAAAGUGUACCAGACAUGGCAGCAUGCCCAACAAGUCUUGACCAAGAAACGUGAACAAAAAGCAAAACUGGAGCUUGCUGGAAAAACAGAUAAAAUUCCACAAGCAAAAGAAGAAGUCAUUGAAUGGGAAGCCAAAUCUGAAAGAGGUCAGGAAGAGUUCGAAAAUAUUUCGAAGAUGAUUCGUAAAGAGGUGGAGCGAUUCGAGAAAAGCAGAGUGCAUGACUUCAAAGUGAGCAUCGUCAAAUAUAUGGAGUCUCUUCUGGAAACACAGCAACAGUUAAUAAAGCAUUGGGAAUCAUUUUUGCCUGAAGCCAAAGCAAUAGCUUAAAAUGUCUACAAAUUUUAUUAAUAUAAUUUUGCUUGCAACUGUUCAAAUCAUUGCUGGUACCAGUGAUUUAGUAUCGUCAUAUGACGUGAAAUAUGUUCAAUUUUUUAAGAUAAUGUAAAAAAUUUCCUGCGACAUUUUUACAUUCCUGGUUCAAGUUUAACUUCAUAUAUUGCAUAGAAAUUUAAUUAUAAACUGAUGUUUACAUGUACAUGUUUUUUCCUACUAUAUAGCGAUCAUUUAUUGCAUAAAAUUAUAUUGACUUAUAUUAAGUAUUAUGAAAAAUGUAAAAAGUUGUAAAUGUUAUGUUUUGUGAUUAAAGUUACUAUUUA